UUAUAAACCUGCCUCUCGUUACUCUUACCGAUUCUCAGAGAGACUUUUGACUGAUUCAAUGCCCCCAUCACUUUCAUUCUCUCAAACCUUGAUUCGAUCCAUGUCUUCUUCCUGCUCCGAAACCCUAGUCUUGUUCAAUCUCUCUUCGAUCUCCAACCUCUGAUUUUGAGGAAUUUUCUUCAAUACUCCCAGCAUCAUCAAUGGCGUCACCGGAGGUGGAAGAUGCGAAGAGGUGGGAAGAAGUUCUGAGGAAGAUGUUACCUGCCGGAGCUCCAUUGCCUAACGAAGAACAGCUCGAUUACUCCAUCGCGAUUGAGUACGACGGCCCUCCUGUGCCCUACCAGGUCCCCAAGGUCGAUCCACUGGACGUCGAUUCCAUCUCCAUUCGCACCUCUUCAAUCGUUUCCGUUUCCGAAUGCGUACCAGUUGUCCCUGUUGCUGUCCCGAUCGCGAAGCUUUCGAGGUUCAACAAAGGCGGAAGAAGCACGAGUCCAAUGGAGGUGAAUCGGAGAUCGUCGUCGCUUUCGCGGAGUCAACAGGAGUUGCAGAAUGAGGAUUUGGAGGAAUUGGCUGCAAGAGAUGAUGAAAAGGAGGAGUUUUAUUCGGCUAAUCCAUCGCUGGCUCGAGAUCCGAAUUCGGUUUAUGCUUCGAGUGUUGCUAGUUCGAUUCGCAGACCUGUGGUUGAAGCAAGACGAGCUGUAGUGACUUUCGAUACGGACAAGGAUGAAGAGGAUGAGUUAUCUUCAGAGAGGUCGAGCGUCACUGAUAUUGCAGCGUCCCCUGUUGUGGCUCGGAGUAGAGAGAAGCGGUUGCUGAGGAAGAGUGGGGUUUGCAGUAGGUGUGGGAGACGUAACCGGUUAAGGGAGAGAGAGGCUUGUAUUGUGUGUGACGAAAGGUAUUGUAGCAAUUGUGUGCUCAAGGCCAUGGGGUCGAUGCCUGAAGGGAGGAAGUGCGUGAGCUGUAUUGGGCAACCCAUUGAUGAGUCGAAGCGGCCAAGUUUGGGGAAAUGUUCGAGGAUGUUGGCGAGGGUCUGCAGUCCUUUGGAGAUCAGGCAGAUUAUGAAAGCCGAGAGGGAGUGCUCGGCGAAUCAGCUUCGACCCGAGCAGCUUGUUGUGAAUGGAAGACAGUUACGGCAAGAAGAAUUGGCGGAGGUUUUGGGUUGCCUGAUGCCUCCUCAGAAGUUGAAACCUGGGCGGUACUGGUAUGACAAAGAUUCUGGGCUUUGGGGGAAGGAGGGAGAGAAGCCUGACAGGAUUAUAACUUCCAAAUUGAAUGUUGGGGGUAAACUUCGGCCGGAUGCGAGCAACGGCAAUACAAAAGUUUAUAUGAAUGGUCGCGAAAUCACGAGAAUUGAGUUCAGGGUAUUGAAGCUGGCCAACGUUCAGUGUCCGCGAGAUACUCAUUUUUGGGUGUACGAUGAUGGGUCAUAUGAGGAAGAGGGUCAAAACAAUAUAAAAGGGAACAUAUGGGGAAAGGCAUCCAUUCGUUUCAUUUGUUCGUUAGUAUCAUUGCCUGUGCCUCCUCUAAAUCCUUAUGUCCCAAAAGAAGAUCCAACGACAUAUUCAGGUAGAUCUGUGCCUGAGUAUUUAGAGCAUGGAAGAGUUCAGAAACUUCUGCUGUUUGGGUUAGAGGGGUCUGGGACAAGCACUAUCUUCAAGCAGGCCAAAUUUUUAUAUGGAAACAAGUUCACUCCUGAAGAGUUGGAGAACAUUAAGCUAAUGAUUCAAAGUAACAUGUACAAAUAUCUCAGUGUCUUACUUGAGGCACGAGAGCGUUUUGAAGAGGAGGCUUUGAUGGAAAAAGAGACUCUUGCUUUGGAUGAUGAAGAGUCUACUCCAGGUGAAACAGGAUCCAAUGGAAGUAAACUCUGUGUUUAUUCCAUCCACCAAAGGUUCAAACAUUUUUCUGAUUGGUUACUGGAAAUCAUGGCUAUGGGAGACUUGGAUGCUUUCUUUCCUGCUGCAACACGUGAAUAUGCUCCUAUUGUAGAUGAGAUUUGGAAGGAUCCUGCCAUCCAGGAAACCUACAAGAGAAGGAAAGAAAUUCAUUUGCUUCCAGAUGUUGCCAAAUAUUUCUUAGAUCGGGCUAUUGAAAUAUCCAGCAAUGACUAUGAACCUUCAGAGAAAGACAUUUUAUAUGUGGAAGGAGUUACUCCUAGCAAUGGUCUUGCCUUCCUUGAAUUCUCAUUUGAUGAUCACAGCCCUAUGUCUGAGAUGUACAAUGAAAACUAUGAAUGCCAGCCUCCUUUAGCCAAGUACCAGUUGAUUCGUAUCAAUUCCAAGGGACUGCAUGAUGGCUGCAAAUGGCUGGAAAUGUUUGAAGAUGUUAGGGCUGUAAUAUUUUGUAUUGCUUUGAGUGACUAUGAUCAGGUAUGGCUCCACACUACUGGUGAUAUUCAAAACAAAAUGCUGGCAAACAGAGAUUUGUUUGAGAGCUUGGUGGGGAACCCUUGUUUUAGGGACACCCCAUUUGUACUACUCCUAAACAAAUACGACGCAUUUGAGGACAAAAUCAACCAGGUUCCAAUCACCAUUUGUGAUUGGUUCAAGGACUUCAGCCCUGUGAAGCCACAUCACAACAAUCAGUCACUGGCAAACCAAGCUUAUUAUUAUGUGGCUGUUAAAUUCAAAGAGCUUUAUUUUUCAAUGAGCGGGAGGAAGCUGUUUGUGUGGCAGACUCGAUCUCAUGAGCGUCCAUCAGUUGACGAGGCAUUUAAGUACAUAAGGGAAGUUCUCAAGUGGGAUGAAGAGAAGGAUGAAAACAUGUAUGGAAUCGCCGGGGAUGAUUCCUUCUACAGUACAGAAUUGAGUUCAUCUCCUUACAUCAGGCAGGAAUAGAAUUCUUGUUAUUGUUAUUAUUCUUUCGGUUUAGCCCCCCUUGCAGAGAGCUUUCAAUGUUUCAAGGACUAUCGGUGAAGAAUUUCGUGCAUUGGAGGUUUGAUUUGGAUCAGCAGGGUGAAGUUAAGAUCAUCUUCAAUGGAGAGAAUUGUGUUCUAUUUUCUGGGUUGAUUUAUUCUCUUGUAUUCUCGUGAUCGAUCGAUCACAUUACUGACAAAAAGAAGAGUGCCCCCCACCCCCUUUUUUUUAUGGUUGGUAUUAGUUUGCUUUUAUGUUUCUGUAAAUGGUGAGAAAAAUUCUUCUAACAAUUAUUUAUUUUUGGUGGUUUUGCUAAGUAA